UAGUACUAAUAUUUUAUACAGUUAAUACAGUAACCACAAAUCAUAAUGGAAAAGAUUUACAUUUCCAAAUUGAUGAGUAAUCUUAUAUAUAUUAAGGAUAAUAUUACGUUACCACAGCUAAGUAGGACAAUAGAUAUAAUGAUAGAGAAAGGACAUAUUUAUAUGGAUGAAAAAGACAGCAUCAUGUCAAAGAAAUCAGUUGAUGAGUGCUGUGAUUGGUUUAUUCGAAUUAUUUGUAAGCGCGGAGGAUCCUCAUUUGCAGAUUUACUACAUGCGUUUAGAGUAACUGGAAAUAGUCAUGUAGCGAAUAUGUUGAAAAGCACUGCAGUUGAAUUAUCAAUUACACCGAUAACGUCAGGUUAUCAACGAGCUCAGAAGACAACAGACAGAAAGACUGACGAAGCCUCUGAUCCAAGUGCUAAGGUGAAAAUGAGAAGCGAUCAAACUGAAACCAAAAGUGAGUGUAGUACAGGCGCUGUUUCUCUGGAUUCAAAUGAUAGUACCGUUGGACGAUAUCGGUCAUUGAGUCACGAGGAAGCAGUGGAUAACGGGAAGGAAAGUUUGGUAAAAUGUCUGCAACUUGAGAAGGAAUUAAAGCAACACAAAGAGGAGUUAGAAAAACUUCAACGUGUUGAAGACAUGAACUUUUAUUUAGAAAAUCAAGUUGAUAAUUUGGAAGAUGACAUUAAACAGUUGAAGCAGCUUAUUGCAGAUAAAGAGAAAGAAAUUAUGAGACUGAAGAACAAAUUAGGUAAAAUACAAACGCAUCAAGAGGUUAUCCGAAAGGAAGGCGUCGAAACACGACAAAAGUUGGACGGUGUUGAGAAAAACCUCAAUCAAAAGUUAGACGGUGUAGACGAGCGUCUAGUUGGUUUUGAUAAACACAUUACUUCCAAAUUUGAUAAUGUUGAUAAGCAGCUUAAACUUAUGAUGGAAGAGUUUCGAAAAGUUCGCGUCACAUCAAAUAAAAGUUAUACAAAGAAUAAAAACAAAAUCAAAGCAAAGGAGGUUAAUAUUGACAAAUAAUGCAUCAGUAGAUAUGAGUAGAACAAGCAUUUUAAUAGUAUUUUUAUGUGUCGAGAUUUUCAUUGAGUGUGAUAUUUUAUGUUUUUGUUACGUAAAAAUCUGUAUUAAUAUAAAAAUGACAUUCAUUGUAUACUAAGUGUAUUAUAUGCAUAUUAACAAGUCUAUAUCUGCUUUUAUUAAUACACUGUGUGCGAUUUUGGAAAACCCGCAUUAAAUGCGAUUAUUUAUGUCAUGUAAUUGUGUACAAGAAAUUUUAUUUAAUUAUCCAAUUUAAGUGUCGUAACAGAAUAUUUUAAUUGCGUUCAAUAUACACAGGAGUUUUUAUCUAUUCAACCAAAUUUUUAAAGUUUAUACAUUUAGAUGAAAAAAAAUAUUCUUGCUAUUGUCAAAAGAAAUGAAAUAUUUUGAAAUGACACAGGUCAUUCCCUAAUCCUUUCUUGUUAUGUAAUUCAUGCGAUAGUAGUUUGAAAUUAACAUAAAAACAAGGUUUUUUCAUAUUCAUCUUUUCAUUAAAAAUAAAUAACAAACUACCAACCAAGAAGUUUGAAUUACUUAAACGGUUAUUGAGACGCAAUCUACUUAAAAAGAAAGUUACACUAAUAGACUGAAAAUACUUCAAUUGAUAACGUUCUUAGUAUUUCUACUAGAUCAUAUACGUUUUUAGAUUUUUAGAAGUAUGCGUUUAUAUUAAAGCCAAAAAAAUCUUAUUUAAAAAAAAACAAUCGUUACAUGAUAAAUGUAAUGUGUAGCAUCUAUAUAUAUAUAUCAGCUAUAUCUAGGAUCUGUUAAUUUAAGUCUUCUAAAGCCAUAAACAAUUGCACUUUUGAAUAUUUUAGAAAAAAAAUAUAUUCUAACAUUGUAAGCACUGUGAAUUCAUGUAUAUCGAAUGGCCGAUAUACUAUCUAAAAUCUUCUAGUAAAUCUAUUUCGGAAAUUAGCCCGUAGCUGUGUUAAGAUUUAUUUUGUCAUGUCCGUUUUGAUUUUUUGAAGUAGUAGAUCAAUCGCACACUUUGAUUAUGUGUUUCAGGUUAUUGAACAGUUUGAUUUAUGUCUGGAAGAAAUCAAGGACAUCUUAAAUAUUAUUUUAAAUAACUUAGUAAUAAAUGGUCGAAAAUACAUUCCGGACUACCUUUAUCUGAAAUAUAUGUUUAAUGAAACGCAUCCUUCGUGAUUUGAUUAAAAGACUAUAAUAGAAAGAAGUAAAAUCACAAAAAUACUGAACUUAGAAGAAAAUCAAUUCGGAAAUUUCAUAAUCACAUGGCAAAAUCAUAUAACAAAGCGCAUCAAAAACUGUCAUAUUCCUGACUUGGUACAGAAUAUUCAUUGAUUUUAGAAUAAAACAUAUUAUUUUAAAAGUAUUCGUAUCGAGAUUGUAAUUGUGUAUGUAUAACACGUCAUGUUGUACUUACUAAAAAUCUAUAUUAUCAUUCAAUAAAUUGUGUGCUUUUUGUAUUAUACAUGUUCUAUGUUAACAAGUGUAUACAUUGUUUAGUUUAUGCCUUUCUUAAUACACUGGGUGAGAUUUUAGAAAACCCAAAUUAAAUGCGCUUAUCUAUGUCAUGUAAUUCAGUAAAAUGAAUCAUAUUUAAUUGUCCAAUUUAAGUGUCGUAACAGAAUAGUUUAAUUGCGUUCAAAAUACAGAGGACUGUUUUGACUAUUCAAUCAUAUUUUAAAGUUUAUACAUUUAAAUACAAAAUCUUCUUGCUAGUGUCAAAAGAUAUUAAAUAUUUUGAAGUAACUGAUAAUGUCCUUAUCAUUUCUUGGUAUAUCAUUCAUACGAGAGUUGUAUUGAACUAAACAUAAAUACAAUGGUGUUUUGAUAUUCAUCUUUUCAUUACAAAUAAAUAAAAAAAAAAUUCAGAGCAAGAAGUGUAAUUAACUUAAAUGAUUAUUGAGGUGUAUGUAAAAAGAAAGUUCAAUAAAUAGACUGAAAAUUCUUUCAUUUAAUACGUUCAUAGUAUUGCUACUAAAACAUAUAUACAAUAA